AUGGACCGCGUCCGCACCGGUGUAUUCUACUACUGCCCCGUGUGCGACCAGCCCAGCGGCUCAAGCAUUCCCCAAUCCGAAUGCCUCACCUGCGCAGCGAACAGGUCCGGCGAUUUCACCAACUCGCCGCCACGCAUCCUGCGCUCGCCGGGCUCGACAGCGACGACAUUGUCUUUGUUGUCGUCCGACGACGAAGACGAGCUGACUAGCCUGCUUCUGCUCAGGCACACGGACGAGCACAACUACGGCGCCUUGGACCUCGUGUCCUCGUCGCGCCGGUGGCGCUGGGAAGCCCCCAGCGAGGCGGAUUCGACCGAGCACCGUCUGGCUGCCACAUCCACCUCUGCCUCCGUCCACACGGACGCCGACACCGACGGGGGGUCCCUUGUGGCUUCCCGGCAUUGUGGACGGUGUCACGCUGUGGUGUGGCUUCUCGUCGCGCUGGGGUUUUGGGCCGUGAUAGGCGCGGGUAUUCUACUCAUCGUGCUUCCAUAG